AUGCCUCCAGCAGCUACCGAAGCUACCGAAACGCCCCAGACCCAGCUUACCCUUGCCGGCAAAGUAAUUGCCAUAACUGGCGCAAACCGCGGCAUCGGACUGGGUGUCGCUGAAUCUUGCCUCACAAACGGCGCAUCCCACGUCUACUCUAUCGAUAUCAGCACCCCCGAGCCAAACUCCGACUUUACCUCGCUAUCUGAUCGCUUUCCUGGAAAGCUGCACUCCAUAACCGCCAACGUGACCGAAGAAGAAACUAUCGUUGCCGCCAUUGAUGCCAUAAUUGCCGAAGCAGGCGGACUCCAUGGAAUGGUUGUGAACGCCGGCCGUACUCAUCACAAGGCAGCGCUGGAUUUUACCAAAGAGGAGAUUGACACGCUGUUCAGCGUGAAUCUGUACGGGGCGUUCUUUACUGCGCGUGCGGCGGCAAAGGCGUUUAUCAAGCAGGGUAUUAAGGGGAGUGUGGUGUUUACGGCGAGUAUGGCUAGCUAUAGACCCAAUAAGCGCGUUCCUUCAGCCCCAUACGGUGCCUCCAAAGCCGGCGUUCGCAACAUGACCCACACCCUUGCGAUGGAAUGGGCGCAGUACGGGAUCCGAGUCAACAGUGUCUCGCCGGGCCUUGUGCAGACUGCUAUGACGUAUUGGGUGCCGCAGCAGCCGGAUUGGGAGCAGCAGCUGAAAUAUUACGGAGGUAUUCCGCGCCUGGCGCAGGUGCAGGAGUUAGGAGCAAGUUAUACGACGAGUAUUGAUAUCCCGGUAAAUGGGGUGAUUGGAAGGUUCGCGGAAUACCGUCAGUGGUCCUAG